AUGAGCACAAAGAAGAGCUGCCACCUGCCACUGGGGCAAGGAGACCAGGAGGAAAAGCAGAGUGAGGGUACUCCUGAGCUGGAGCGACAGGAGUGUGAGAUGGAGCUGAGGAACAAAGCUAUUCUGCAACAGAAGAGACGCCUUAAACAGGCCACCCAGUUUGUGCACAAGGACUCUGCUGAUCUGCUGCCCCUGGAUGGCUUGACAAGGCUUGGCACUUCCAAGGAUCUGCAGCCACACAGUGUGGUCCAGCGGCGCCUCUUGGAAGGCAAUCUGAACAAGCUACGGGUUCAGUCUGCACGGGUACAAUCUCCGCUGGCAAAAGACCAGGAUGAAAAGAUGGAAAAGGGAGAGAACAGGAGAAAAGAGACUUCACCCCUGCUAAUACAGUGCCAGUGCCAAGGUCAGGUAUUGAAAGCGACUGUUAACACUGGGUGUCUACCGAACCUCAUCUCCAAGAGCUGUUUAAACCAGCUGGGGCUGGAAGAAGUGUCUGCCAUGGACUGUGGAGACCUCUCUCUUCCUAUCCCCAGCGUUGUUGGCCGAGUAGAACAUAUGGAGUUGCAAUUUGGCCCGGAGACAGUGUUGUGUUCGGCACUGGUUGUAGAUGAUGAAAUGCUGGAGUUUUGCAUUGGUCUCCAGACUCUGUGGUCUCUCAAGUGUUGCAUCGACUUGGAGGACGGAGUCCUGAGAUUUAAAGCACUGAGUCAAGAGCUGCCUUUUCUACAUGCCUCUGAAGAGCCUGCUCAGUGACUAGCUGUGUUCCCCAUGUCUGGGGCUGAGGAGACUUGCUGCCAUGAAAGAGAGAUGAGGGUGAGGCUCACAUGCCCCUAACCUUGCUGAGUUCUAGGCUGAGGCAUUCACUGGGGAGUGAGAAAAAGGCAAGUGGGUGCUGGAAGCUGCUGUUACUGUGAGUGCCUCAACUUCAGAGAUGUCCCUCUUUUCAGUGGACCCUCUCGCUUGUCCCAGUGUGCCGAGUGGGCAUUUUGUUCUUGCUUUUCUAUUUGUCCCUAGUCACUCCAAUUUCUGUUUCUGUAGUAAAUUUACCCUACCCCCUUUAAUGACUACAAUACCCUCUGUUCAUGAGACAAGAGAGUCUCUGUGAACAAUCUCCAGCUGCUUUGUGGACAAAAGGAUGGCAUUUCUCCAAAAACCUCCGAAGACUGCCAUGAAUGUUUCCCUUCUCUUUGCCUCAAUGUGAGUGGAUACCCGUCCCGUUUCUUUGUGGGAGGGGCCCUGUUCUCCUUGCCUGUACUCUGGCAAGCUGGAUUUUGUUAGUUUUUUCUGGCUCAGAGCAGAACAGAAGUAUUUUCUUGGGAAAACCCCGCAGCAAGAACAUUUUUAGAGUUCUCAAUUCUGAGAAACCUUUGCAAAAAUGCUGAGUGUAGAUGCCUAAAGUACACACAGGGGCUUGGGCUUUGUCACUGCAUCCUGGGGCACUAAGCUAUGUUAUAUGCAUGGCAAUGCUUAUCAUCUCUUGGUGUCAUACAUAGUAGUCAGACUUGCAGACCCUGCUCUUCUAAUCAGGCCUUUCCUCUCUGUACUCCAGCUGCUAGAGCUACAUUCUGUUACCUCUGCUGCUUCAUCAGAGAUCCUGUUGUUCACUUUAAGUGCUGCAGUGAAUUAUAGCACAAAGUCUUCUGCUCUGUCACCUCCUUUCUUUCAACUUGAAAUCUGGUGACUGAAUACAUCAUCAGCCUCAAGUCCUGGCAUCACACAGCCCAUCAACUUUGGUACUCUUGCACAAAACAAGAACUGGACUUCCUUGCAGUACCCGCUCAGGUCAGAGAACUGUGAACUCAUCUGAGAUGUCAAGGGUGAUUAUUAAGUCACUUAAUAAUUGUGGGGUUUUUUUUAAUUUCCAUCCUAGAGUGUAGCUGUAUUAUUAAUCCAUGGUCUAUUCUUUACUAGCUCUAGGAAAGAUGCACUAGAUCAGGGCUUGUUCCAUGCCUCAUGACUACUGAUUCACUAUCCACACUCUCCAAAAUGUACCUUUUUUCACCCUUAAAAUGUCAUGAUAUCCCAAUUUUGCCUCUCUUUCUGGAUUAAAUACUGCUGACUCUCUUCCUUUUUUAUCAAACUGUUUGUGUUGUGUUUCUCAAAGAAGUUGUGUAUGCAUUUUUGCUCUAAUUCUGUUAGUUCUUUCCAAAGUCAGAUGCUGUAUGCUGUAGUUUAACAGAUGCUAAGCACAGCAGAGUACAGCCCGACUGAUAUGAUUUGGGAUUCACUUACCAGUGUUAGUUGGUAUGACUAGCAUCUGCUCCUCCUACAUGGAGCAUAAGACUUCUACUGUUAGUCAUCACAUCUUGCAUCUUCUGAUCUUCUGAUCCGUUCCAUGACUUCUUUUCCACUCUUCUAGUUGUGCAUCUGAUUAUUUCUGCAUGAACUGCUUUCCAUGAAUCUCCUUAAUGGCACCAACAGUUCUCUCAUUUAGUCAGGAAACAUGCCUACUUGAUGAGUCUGUCUUCCAAAGUACCAGUAAUUCUUCCUGGAUUUGUAUCACUUGCAUGGCUAACUGGCUUCUCAAACCCAGGGCUCUUUAUGACAGUUUAGACUUGUACUAAACCAUCCUGUGUGUCAGUUGGAAUCUACGUGGUACCUGGGUCAACUGCUGAAAAAAAUCUUAUUACUGAUAGAUGAAACACCUGUUCCUACAUGCAGCAACUCACCCAGUUUCCAACUCUCAUUGCCCUCUAAAACUGGCAUGUGGAACAAGGCAAAUAAUCUGUUAAUUAUCUGAUAGAUACCAUAUCCAUUAAAAUUCUUAUUAAAAAAAAGGCAAACUCUAAACCAUAACCCUAAAGCUCACUCUAGCCCUAAUCCAAACAUUAAAUCCCAACAAUGACUCUAAAUUUAACCCAUAAAGCUAAACAUAACAUUAAACUUAACCCUAAACCAAACUCUAACCCUAAAACUUAAUGCUAACCCUAACCUCUAAACCAAACCACUAUGCCCUAACUGUAACACUUGACACUAAUCAUAACCCCCUAAAUUUAACCCUGUAAUCCCAACUCUAACCAUCUAACUCUAAACCCAAAACAUAAACAUGAUUGUAAAGACAUUAACUAUAAACUCUAAUCCCAAAACCUAACCAUAAUGCCCAACCCUAAACUCUAACCAUUAACCCUAAAACCAACCCUAAACCUAAAGCUUAAACCUAACUCUAAAUCCCAAACCAUAUAACUAAACCUAAUUCCUAACCCCAACUCUAACCAUAACCCUAAGCCUACACGUGACCUCAACCACCUAACCUCUGAAGGUUUUUGUCAGUGCCCUAUUUCCCUCCAGAGUGCCCUGGGGCUUUUGCUGGGUUUUGCUUUGUCCUGCAAGGGGCGCUGCUGCCUUCCAGAGUGUUCUGGGGUUUUUGCCAGGCUUUGUGAGGCCCACACAGGGUCCUGCUUCCCUCUGGAGCACCACAGGGCUAUCGCUGGACUUUGCUGAUGCCCAGGGAGGUCUCUGUUGCCUUCCAAAAUGUCUGACAGCUUUUUCUGGGCCUUGCUGGUGCUCAAAAGUGGCUGUCACAGGAAGCAGAAGGUCACCAAUAGCUUUCAAUCCUGGCCACUUCCUUGUGAGAGCUGUGCCUGAUGGGUGUCCAUUUUGGAGCUGGGCUCUGGCUAGGAUGGGAGUGUAGGUGAGUAGGAGUCUUUAAACUGAAGCCAACAGGAGUCUUUCCAAUGAUUAAAAGGGUGUUGGAUGGGAUUCUAUAGAAAAUUGGCACGACUUUGAGUUGACAGUUCUAUUUUGACUACUGACUGUCACAGCCUCACAGAUACUUGCACACUAGCUGCUGUCUGAAUUCAUUAGGAGCUGUUCCUACAUGUCUGUCUUGGGAUAACUGCUUUUGCUCACAUUUAGAACAUUCUCCAGUCCUUCUGAAGCCCUUCUGUGAUUCACAUGCCUCAUUUCUCAAAACACUAACCGCUCAGGUUCCUCUGUGAAUUAAUGUGCUACAGCACUAGAAAAUCCCCAGCCCUCCCUGUCCCUCUCUUCUCUGCAUAAUAAAUCCUUCUUUGCAUCCUCCUUUCCUUCUCCUCACACUAAGCAACAAAUUUGCUUCUUCCCAAAGGAAUUCUUUCCUUUUACAUAAUCCUUUCAACACUUUCCUAUACCCUGGUUGUUAAUACACUUGCAUGUUGUGCCACAACUUUGCCAGCCUUUCCUCUUUGUUGUUAACAACUGGAUGUAUAAAUGUAGACUGUGCCACUUCUCAGUGACAGAGAGGAUGUUCCCAAGAAAGCACCAAAUUAGCAUGUGAGAGUUCUUCUCUCAGCUUUGAAAUCAGCUCCAGGGCAGAAGACAUGCUUUUCACCUUCCUCCUGUCCAUGUUAGCUGAGCAUGCAGACCCACACAGUAAAGGUCUCUUUCAUCCAGACACUGAGGAAUCUGUUGCUAACAGUUAUCCUGGAACAUCCACAUCUCCCUGAGAUUAGCUCAGUUGGUUACAGCACAGUGCUAAUAAUGCCAAGGCGGUGGGUUAGAUCUUAAGAUUCACUUAAGAGUUGGACUCAAUGAUCCUUGUAGGUCCCUUCCAACUCAGAAUAUUUUGUGAGCAAGCCUUGCUGCAAGCAGAGCUUGCAGAAAACCACAUUUAUACGACUGGGAACUGCAGGUAAUAAUGCCAUAGCAGACACCUCACUUCAACUCAUUCCCUAAAUCACAGUCUAAUCCUAGUGUCAGUACCUGCUUUUCUCAUUGACAGAACUUCUGGUGGGUUCCUAUUGCCCAAAGUUCCUUGGCAUUAAAUUACAUGCUGUUACUGACUUGAACACAUAUAUUCUAGCCCAAAACGGUGUUUUCUCCAAAGAUGAGCAUUUUGUGUCAUUACACAGAAAUCUCAGCUUCCACUGUGAAAGAAAGAAGUCUUGGCUUUAAAAAAUAUGAUUAGAAAAUAGGACUUACAAGAUCUCAAAGAAGCCAACUCAACUCCAUCUACAAACAUGAUAAUUUUUCAAAGUCUUCCAGCACAGGAAGCCCAGUAAGUAAUUUUUGAGUCGGUUGGCAAGGCUGAAGAUUGUCUCAAAUGUAGUUUCUUUUGGUAAGCCUGUUAUACAGAUACAGUUCCCUACUCCCAGUCCCAGUUAUCUCUAUUGCUUUUGGCAGACAAAGGAAUGAAGGAGCUAUCUAAAGGCCUUUUCCACUGAAGAUCAAAAAAUAUUAAUACUUUCAUAUGGAAAGUAGAAAUUCAGUACAAACUGCCAGCUCAGAGCAGGGCAUAGGCAUAUUCUGUAUGUGUCCAACACUGGCUUCCUUGUGAUGAGGCCCAUCCCUUCAAUAUAGACAAUGGAAUGUUAUUAUUUGAGGGACAAACUCUUUGAACUGCCUUGGUGGUCAACUCCUACUUGGGUUACUUUUCAAUAGAGUGGGCACAAGGUUGUGGAACACUCUGCAGGGAAACAUCCGUCAAAGCAAAUUUCUGAAACAGAAGCAAGUGUGGGAUACACAUGGCUGAACCUGCUCAGGAAUGGGGAGAUGGAGUUCUGAGGCCCCUUUCAAGGCCUACGUGCAAGAGGUAAAUCUAUCCUGGGAAUAUGCACUCUGCCAAAGCCAUAAUCAGGACCGUUUCCAGGAGCUUGGGGUCACUUGGUUUUGAACAGAAUGGGAGCUCCAACCAUACACAUUCCCAGAGACCUGCUCCUUCUUUCAGUACUAGAAGGUGACCUAUGGAACUGAAGACCACUGAGUCACAUAUGUAUGUUUGCAGUCACUCCUCCUUUCAAGAGACUUCACUGGCAAAUGCCAGGAUACACCUGAAGAGUUAAAAAAAUAACUAAAUUCAGCAAAAAUAGCAUAAAAACAAAGGCAGGGUUGGCCAGCAGGUUUAUUAUGUCUCAGGAAAAUAAGGCAAUCCCCUUCCUUUAUUUUUUUGCUAGUAAGUUGACCAUCACAACCAAAGCCAUGAAUCAUUUAUCUGCAAAUACCCCCAGUGCCUGAGAAUGCUGUCAGACUCCUCACUUGCUGUGCGCUGGCACUGGGACAUACAAAGGUGUCUGGCCAAUCUUGCCAGUUGAAAAGCUUCCCAUCACCAGUGGGUAUGCCAAUCUGCUACAGAGUAGGAUACAGUGAACAUUUUCUGCUGUGUGGGAAGGAAUCACUUCUAAUUCCAACUCUGUGGCUUGUGUCGGCUGGCAAGGACAAACAAGAAAUUAGUUACAGUGAAAGUAUAAUGUAACUCAGGCCAAAGACAGAGCCUUAACUGGCCCCUUUCCUGAGAAAAUGUAGACUUCACUGGAAAUUGUUGCCAAUGGAAGUAGAAGCGCUCACUUCAGGAAGUAUUGGAUGUAGCCAGUCUAUCAGGCACUUUGGAGUUUAGGGCAGGAAAAAGAAGGAAAGUCAUCUUUUGGCCAAGGAACAGUACAGAUCUUCAACUAAUUCUUCUUUUCAUUCUCCUAUGUGCACAAGGGGCACAGGAGCAAAAUGCAUCUGCUAGUUAUUAUGUGCUGCACGCAACAUAAAACUGUCAGGGAAAUCCUCAAACGUUAGUAUUUUUCCUCUCCAGUGGUUUUUAAGAGAUGAAGAGUUUUGGGGAAUGGAUGUUUUUGUAGUGUCCGUAUCUUCUCACCUCUGCUUUCCACAGUGCACAUUGCCUGGGCUUGCACAGCACACAGCAAUGUUAUUCUCAGGCCAACAAAAGAAGAGGGCUAGGGUGCACAGAUGACCCUGCCCAACAUAUACAAUGGUUUUGCCCUGUUUUUUUUUAAAGAUGGUCCUUAGAUAAAUGUCAUCUCUCCCUUGGUAACCCUUUCCCUUUCUCAACAAUUAACAGUCCAACAGUGGAUCAGUUUGACCUUCUUUUCUUGGAAAUCAUUUGACCUGUACAGCCAAGUUUGUUCUGCGUAAAACAGUUUCAGCCAUUUGUACAUCCCUUGCGCUUGUGUUGCUAAUAAAGGUUUAUAUUUGGUGUUGCUAAUAAAGGUUUAUAUUUGGCACGGA